AAAUGAAGUUAAUUUUGGAUUUUCCCUUUUGCGAAUCAAUUUUACAUCUUUAUUCUAACGUGGCAAAAUUAUCUGGUGUUUUUUAACGAUGUUAAUGUUUUGUCCAACUUGCGGUAAUCUGCUUUUGGUGGAGGAGGGCACUGAUUCACUCCGGUUCUCGUGCAACACAUGUCCUUACAUUUGCAAGAUAAAGCGCAAGAUAUCGACGCGAAUCUAUCCUAAGCUGAAGGAAGUUGAUCAUGUUAUGGGCGGUGCGGCUGCCUGGGAAAACGUAGAUUCAACUGACGCCGAUUGUCCGGCUUGUGCCCAUAAUCGUGCGUAUUUUAUGCAGAUGCAAACUCGUUCGGCAGAUGAACCUAUGACAACGUUCUACAAAUGUUGUAAUCCUACCUGUGGUCAUAAUUGGAGAGAAUAA